AUGGAUGAUCGAUAUCGCAAACGAGCAAUGCUCGCGAGAAAGCCUGCCCCUGCUCCUGCUCCAGUCGCAAACUUCUCGAGGUAUCGCGCUGCGAAAGCCUCGGCUAUUCGGUCGAGGAGAAACCUGCGAGAUAGCUCCAGUUCUGGCAGUUCAAGACGCUUGGAGAAGAGGAGACCGGCGUGUCCACCAGAUGUAUCUCCAAACCGACGUCCCUCCUCUCCCAUCGUAAUGCUCCGCGUGGGCCCUCAACAACGCCUCUUCGCCGCCCACGAAUCCAUCCUCAGCGCAUCCCCCUCCUUCGCAGCCCACUGCGCCUCGCAAAUCCCCAGUCCCCCUCCCCCAUCUCACCCACACAUCACAACACCCAGCAAGCGCAUCGACCUCCCAGACGAAAACCCCGAAGUCCUCUCUUGCGUCCUCGAAUACCUCUACAAAGGCGACUACACACCCCGCCUCGUCCACAAUCCCAUCAAAGGAACCUGGACUCUAGACGACGACAUCCUCCCUCCACAAACAACAACCUCCACAGCUGCAAACGCAGGCGCAGCACCAAGUAUAAACGCCACCCUCUCCCCCAACGCAGUAAUAUACCACCACGCUGUCCCAGAAACCCCCAUCCUCCGCGACACAGCCGUCUACUGCGCUGCACUAACAUACCGCCUCCCGUCACUUGCGCGACUGGCCCUGCGCAAGCAGGGACUGCACAUGGGUAUACCGUGUCGAACGAUUCUGGCGAGUGCGCGAUUUGCGUAUGCGCAUACGCCGGAGACAGAGUCCAGACUGCGGGCGCAUUAUUUGGCGCUUAUUAUUCGGUGUCGGGGCACGUUUAAGAGGAGUGGGACUAUGCAGGUUGAGAUGGAGAAGGGGGGGAGGUUGUUUUUUGAUUUGUUUGUUGCUAUGUGUAAUCAUAUGGUGAGUUUAUGCUUGAGGCUCCCUGGUGGAUUUGACUGGAUUGCUGAUUUGAUUGAUUAG